CUAGAGGACAACUUUGGUAAACAAGUGGCAAAUUUUACCCCACUCCCCCCUAUUGGUGAAUACAUGUUUUUGUGUUUAGAGAAUACACUCCCAAUUUGAUGUGUGCUAGACAUAGCAGGGGGGAGAGUAAACACAUCCAUUCAGAUCAGCCUAACCUGGCACCUCUCCUCUGCAAAGUUUGAGAGAAAAAGUGAGUGCAAUAGUUCCCAGGGGAAUAAAGGUCUAAAGGACAAUCUGAGCUUCCUUUUAGUCCAAACAGACGGUGACAGAAACACCUUAAACUGGAAGACAGUACAAUGCGAGUAUGUACACGUCGGCGUUCACGGAUGUUCCGCCUUUGGCUGUUAAUUGUCUUCCUGAGUCUGCACUUGCUCGUGGUUUCACUUGUCCUGUCCAUUUACCACACUUCCUGUGAGCUACACUCAAACCCUGACAUCCAGACCUCCAUCAGCUUCUCUGUACAAACUACAUCUACAUCAACAAGCAAAAUGGCCACUCUAGGAAGUGUCACGCAGGAAGUGGAAAUGGACAGCGCUGCAGAUGCCUUUGCCAAACUGGAGGCUUUGUUCUCCCACCCGCUGUACAAUUUGCCCACCCCACCUGUGUCCGAUGGUGAUUGGCUGCUGAAAGUCCGAACAAAGAAAAAAGAAGAAGAGCAUAGCACACAGCAGUGGCUGAGUGCUAAUGAAGAUGGAUAUGAUCCUAUCGUCUGGAACGCCAGUGCUGAGACACAUCCACCUUGGCUCCGGUUUCACCUUGGAAUAUCACGCUGGCAGAUGUAUCAGCACAAAGACCCCAAUCUGUCAGCGCUGACUCAGCAACUGGCAUCCCAUCGCAUUGUCAGUGCAGUGCAAAAAUCAGGUGGGACGCAGCUGAAGUUGGUGAUGUCAUUUCCUAAUUAUGGACAGGCGCUCUUCAAACCCAUGAAACAGGAACGGCAUGAGGAGACCAAUGUCAAUCUGUAUUACUUUUCUGACUUUGAAAGGCACAAUGCUGAAAUUGCAGCCUUCCACCUGGACAGGAUACUGGGUUUUAGAAGGGUGCCUCCAGUGGUUGGAAGACUUAUUCAUGUGAUAAAAGAAAUCAAAGACAUCACCACCGACCAUAAACUGGCCACAACAUUUUUCACUUCUCCAGUGGGGAAUGCAUGUUUUUAUGGCCAGUGUUCUUAUUACUGCUCUACAGAGCAUGCUAUCUGUGGCCGUCCGCUCAAGAUCGAGGGCUCUAUGGCUGCUAUGUUGCCAGAUCUGAGUUUGGCAUCACGACGCUCGUGGAGGAGUCCCUGGAGGCGGUCCUACAGCCGAACCAAGCUGGCACUGUGGGAGACGGAGUCUAACUAUUGUGACGCCGUAAAAAAGAUUCCUCCAUACGACCGAGGAACUCGAUUGGUGGAUCUGAUCGACUUGAGCAUUCUAGACUUUCUCAUGAGUAACAUGGACAGGCACCACUAUGAAACAUUUGAGAAGUUUGGCAACAGCACAUUUCUCAUACACUUAGACAAUGGAAGAGCGUUUGGGCGUCAUUCUAAAGAUGAACCAUCUAUACUGGCUCCUCUUGUGCAGUGCUGCAGGGUCCGUCGUUCCACGUUGCUUCGUUUACGUCUGCUCUCUCUUCCGUCGUAUCGGUUGAGUGAUGUCAUGCGUGCAUCUUUGUCUCAGGACCCCCUUGUAGCGGUGGCCCCACUCCUCACUGAACCACAUCUUUCCGCUUUAGACCGUCGCCUAGAAACAGUCAUUCAAACCAUCCAGGACUGUCUGCAACAGCAUCAACAUCACAGUGAUGUCAUAUAUGAUGACAUCACUGAUUACCUUGGGGCUUGAUGUGAUAUUAUUUAGAUUUGUUGUGCUGUAUAACCAGACUGUAAACAAUCUUACACUACACACUAAACUUACACUUUAUAUGAUUGUUAAAUAAAGUUGCUAAUCAACAAAGUGGAUUAUUAUCAUCUGUGACCAGUUACUGUUAAAACUGUUCUUUUUUGUUUGUGUAUUUGAGAUUAAAUUAAAGACAAAAUUGACAUUUUUAUUUCACAUUUUAAGUCACAUAUACAGUCGUGGCCAAAAAUAUUGGCACCCUUGCAAUUCUGUCAGAAAAUGCAACACUUCUCUUAGAAUUGCAAAUGUUUUGGUAUUCACAUGCUUAUUAAUUUUGUUUGUACUGCAACA